AUGAAGAAGUUGGCCGACGAAGCCGAAGCCAUCCGGUCCCAGCACGAGGCCGCCCUGAAGACCCAGGAGGAGGACCUUGCCGAGCGCGAGGAGAAGCUUGUCGCCACGCUCUGCGACAAGGACGAAGAGGUGGACAAGCUCGUCCUGCAUCGGACCAAAGAGCUGGAGCGGAGGCAUCAGGAGGCACUCAACGCCCUGGCUCAGGACCAUGCCGACAAGGUGAAGGAGCUGGAGGAGCAAGCUCUGAAGUUGGCCCAGGAGAAGCACAGGCUCAACGGUGCUCUGACGGUGGCACAGGGCAAGGUCAUCAGCAAGUCUGGAGAGCUCUCUGAGGCCAACAUCUCCAUCAAAGACCUCAAGCUGAAGCUGGGAGAGCUCGAGGAGACGCUGUCGGGGGCCAUGACCCGGGAGGGGAUCCUGACCAAGGAGCUGGAGACGGAGAAGCAGCUGCUGAUGAACGAGACCACCAACUUUAAGGACUACAAGGCGGGCAAGAAACGCUGGCUCGGGCGCCUUGCUGCCGUUGCAAACUCGGCCGCCGAUCAGCUGGCCAUUAUCGGGAUGCCGGGGAUGGGGUAUGCCCCAGAAGCGAGCCUGGGCCCUGAAGGAAUAUGCCCUAGAGCUUGCGCCACUGGACGCAGCACCACCACAACCGAGCCAGCCACAUCUCGCCAGAGGCAGACGCCGAGCACCACUGCCCCGACAGCCUCCCGCGCCUCCGCCACAGGCCCGCCUUGCAGGCCACUUGCGGCCAUGGACCAGGUCUUCGGCGCCGAGUACGUCUUCCUCCACGUCCAUCGCUCCAACCGCGCCGGCUUGAACCUCUACACCUCCACCCUCGGCUACCAGAUCCACGACAUCGAGGCCAAGUACUAUGCUGACAGCGAGGACGCCUACGACAUGCGCAAGAUGCUGCGUCAGCCCGUGCCCAAGAAGCACCACCGCAACCACACCGGCCGCGGCUGCUGCUCCCACGAAUCCCCUACUGCCGCGGCUGCCGGCUCGUCCCCGACUUCCCCUUCGCCGGAGAAGAAGGCCGACGAACGCGAAGUCUCCAAUCACCGCUGCCAGAUCUGGCGAGCAACCGAGCCACCACUGCAAACCGACCAUGUAGCCCCCGUCGGCCACCCACCCACCAGAGAGGGGCUCCGCCACCACGGCAUGGGGACGCUGCUCCCCGCCACCGCGCGCUGGGCCCUCCGCCGCAGGCCCGACCGAGGCAAGUGGGCCGCGGCUGGACGAGGCGCUUACCCUCCUUGCAGUCAACGCGAGCCGCGAGCAGAGGAAGCAGCGAGGAUGAGCAGUGCGGGGUCGGCCGGACUUGGAAGGGAAGCAUGCCUGGCGCAGGUGGCGAGGCUGUGGACGUCCAAAUCGGGACGGAUCCGAGGCUGUUGGUCGGGGGCGAGGCUGCUGGACGUCCGGAGCAUGGGCGGCGGCUGAGCAGGAGGCUAGAUCGAACGACGAUGGAGGAGCUCCAAAAUCUGAUGGUUCCUCACCGACAGAAGGGGUUGCUUCCCUGGAUAUAGAAGAAAAGAAGGUAGAGCAUCGGGUGGAUGGAGAAGAAGAGGAGGAAGCAUGGCGUGUUCUGGAUAAGGGGGCACGUAGUGGGAAGUGGGCGGUGGCUUGUUGUCGCUAGAUGAUGUGCUGGACCCGAAGCUGCUGGAUGCUAUGUAUGCACCAAUUUACAAUUUUUUUUGGAUGAACAUCCAUUAUAAUUACUUCCUCAUUAAAGAAAUAUAAACAUUCUUAUAUUU